CAGAUUUUUUAUAUAGUUACAGUAACAAGGUCAGGAGUGCAUGAAUAUAGUCUAGCUCCACAAAAAGUUGAACAUUGCCUACAAGUUCACCUCAAAGUUAGCCACAAAGCAGGAUAAGAACACAGGCUGAUUAGCUAGACUGCAGAGCUGAGUCAUCACUUUUGCAUAACUGUGCUGGAGCCUGUGUAGAGAGCUAGCUAGAGAAGGACAAGACUCAGCUAUGAGAAAAAGACUGCUGAAGGACGUCCCCAAGGAGAGCACCGUUUCAGACAGUGUCGACGAGUCAUGUGAUCAGCCUCGCUCCCGCUAUCUCCUCUCACUCACUGAGUUGGAGUGGGCAGGAUUGUUCGUCUCCGAGGCCUUAGAGAAAGACGGCCUGAAGUGUGAACUUGUGGACUUGGGUUCCCACGGCAAGGGGAUAGUGGUCACAGCGAAACUAACUGCCCUAGUGGAAAAGGCUGAAGCUCUUGAGUGGACGAGAGAGGUCAAAGAUUCGGAGGAGGUGUGCGUCAUACGUCAGUCCGAUAUGGACAGACUGAUUAACUCAGACGGUGACAAUUUCUUUACAUCUGCAGAGGAAGUUAAACUGCUUUUCCAUCUCAUUCAAGAUAUAAGAGUCAACAAGGACGAACUUGCUAAGAAAGGCUGCAAUAUGCCGUCACAAAGGAAAGACUUCAUAUCCGCCCUCAAACACAGCUCACCCCCUCUUAUUGAAGAGGCCUACCCGCUUCAUCAUGGCAAAGAGAAGAGACAGCUCAUAGCCAUGCUCAAGAGAGCCAUGCUACCCACCAUACAACUAGACCUGGCCAAGAUCAGGAGUUACUUUGGUGAAGAGGUGGCCUUUUACUUCAGCUGGAUGCAGUUCUAUUCUCUGUGUGCCCUAGUCCCGGCUAUUGUGGGUGUGGCCAUGUAUGCCAUGAGGAGCUCUGGUGACACCGUGGACACAGACCCAUACCUUCCCUUCUUCUCAGUGUUCAUGUCAAUAUGGGCCGUUCUGUUUCUGGUGUUCUGGCGACGAAAAAGUUUUGUCAACAGCUUCCACUGGAAUACGUACAAAUUCUCCUCCAAGGACCAGCGUCUACCAGGUUACCAUGGUGAUAAGGUUAUCGAUCCGGUGUCAAAACGAGAGAUUAUCUACUACCGUAGCUGGAAGAGAAAUUGCUGGUACUUGUUCAGUUUCCUGGCCAUGCUGCCACUCCUGGGCCUGGGUCUAGGGGCCAUGACCUUGUCACUGAAUCUCAAUGGCUAUGUCAAGAACACUGCUAGUCCCAUCUAUGUUGCAGCCCUGGCCAGAUAUGCUCAACCAGGUGGUCUGUUUGCAUCGGACAGUCCCUACUACCUGUGGCUGGUGCCCACACUGGCCCACUCCACUAUCAUCUACUUUAUCAACCAGCUGUACGGUAUGGUCGCCAAGAAAUGUACAGACCUGGAAAAUCACAGGACUGAGGGACGAUGGCACGCCUCCAUGGUGAUCAAGAGAGUCACCUUUGAGUGUGUGGACUGCUUCAUGCCACUCUUCUACAUUGCCUUCUACCAACUGGAUAUCAUCACCCUCAGAGCCGAGAUUGCCAGCCUCUUUAUGAGUGAUGAAAUACGACGUGUUGUCAUGGAGUCUGUGAUCCCAUUCGUGGGAGAGAUACGGGCCAGCCGAGUCGAGAGGUCAAAGUAUAAAGGUCGCAAGGUCAUUCCAGACGCUACCCUGGCAGAGUAUGACCAAUUUGACGACUAUUUGGAAAUGGUGGUUCAAUUUGGGUACAUCACCCUGUUUGCCUCGGCCCUUCCCCUGGGCUCGGCUGUCACCCUCCUCUUCCUGUACAUCGAGGCUCGCUCGGACCUCUUCAAACUUCUCUAUGCGUAUCGACGACCGCCCCCUCGCAGGACACGAGAUAUAGGGGUGUGGUAUGAUGUCAUGGGAGUGAUUGUGUUCAUUGGAAUUCUCUCAAAUUGUGCCAUUUUGGGUUUCUCUUCUGAGCAACUCAUGCAAUGGUUGCCCUCGCUGUUUGACAGGGCGGAGCUUGGGGACCAGGUCAUGGCCGUGGGGAGUGGCAGGUACGUUGUGGGUCUGGUGUUUAGUUUUGAGCAUAUCCUACUAGUGGUGGCGGUGUGGUUGCAGUGGGCCAUCAAGCCACGCCCUAAAUGGGUGCGGUUAGCCAUCGCCAGAAGAGACUAUUUGACCAGAGAGAAGCUACUCAGACAAGCGUCCCUAACACGGCAAGUGUCCCUAUCACAGCAACCGUCACUAUCACGGCAAUCCUCGGUUAGUCCUCCGUGAACAAACAGAAUAUGUACAGUCAUGCAUUUAGUUGAGAAAUUUUGAAAUCAAUUAGUUUUUGUUGUUGUAACUCCCACUAGUUUAUAGAGUGCAGUCAUGUCAGAUAUGUUAGACAAUAAUUAUGUUCACAUCCAACCCAUGGGAACUUGGAUAAGAUUCUAGACAACACUUUUGUACGUACUACAUAAUUUAUACAUAUAUACAUAGCAGUUAUUCAUUCAUUCACAAUUAAUUUUAUGCUAAUGUCAGAGUUGAUUUAUAUUGAAAAAAGUUUUUAUUUCAAGA